AGGGAAAGCGUGAGGGGCGCUCGCUUCGUAGACUCUUGUCGCACCUCCUUUGUCGCAGAUACUGUACUACUACAUCCUCUUCAAUUUGCCCUUUUCGACUUAGAUUCAUAGCUUCUUGAUUUUCUUUAUUAGAAACGCGUACAAACAGCUGUCCACCUUGACCGGUAUGCACCGCCCUGGUGUUGACUACUGGGCCAACACCCAUUCUCCCACACAGACGCCGCAGACAGUGCACAUCCUGUCACGCCGAUCCGCUGCUUCUUCGUCCUCCGGACCACCAUCACUGUCGCGAACGUCUACGACCGACUUUUACAUUCCCAGCGAUGAUGCACCUCAAGCAGGCGCGACAUCGGGGCUCGCACACUGUGAGCCAAUCGCGUCUCCAUUGCCUUCUCACAACGGCUCGCUUCCCCCCGCCACUGCAUCCUUUCCUCCCAUGCGAGGGAAUCUAACCCAACUGACAGAACUGGAGGCCGCCAAGAAACAGGUGGCUCAGCUGCAGCAGCAGCAGCGUCAGGAGGAAGAGCGAGUGCGCCGCAUGCAGGCGACGUGGAUGCGCGAGGGAGUCGAGUACGGCAACACUCUCCAAACGUUGCGGGCGUCGCUGGAGCGCGAGCACGCGCUGCGCACAUCCGCGGAGCAGGAGCGACAAUACGCCGUGCGCGAGGGGCAGCAGUUGCGCGUCGCCUUGCGCGCCGUGCUUGCCGAGCCGCCUUCCGCGAAUGGAACGCCCAGCACUGACACAGCUCGAGGCACCGUACCGCUUGCACUGUACGAGGAGGCGCGCCGUCUUCUGGCGCGCUGCGAGCACACCUUUGCCGAACUUAAAAUGCUGCAGCUGAGGGCCACCGAUCCUGCGGGGCUGGAGCGUCUUCGCUGCUACGACGUGCCAGUGGUGGACGGCAUACCCCCUGCGUGGCCGCUUGAGACUCCGCAGAAGGUCCGCAACGAUGGUAUGAGCAAGGAAGGAGACGUCCGUGAUUCACCUUCGUCAACGAUGCGGCAACAAGGCGGUAAUGCCGUUUUGCGCACGCCAAAGUCAACCAAGGCUGCAGCGACUGCGACGCCACUAAGGGAAGAGACGCCGACAGGGCCGGACGUGUCUGCGCUGACGACGGUAUCGCCUGAUACCCCUUGCAGCCUCAUCGCCCCGGAUCACACAGCAAAUACGUCCCCCACUCUCUAUCAUUCCGAGAGCUGUGCAUCGCAGAAAAAGACAGCGGAUGUCGAGAUGCAAUCAGCCGCACCUGUCUCGGCAUCAACUGCAGCGCCACAGGUCAUCAGUGCCGCUAACAACGAUGCUGCUGGUGGUGCGCGACGCGUGCUGCUGAGCCCGCCGCUGUUUUCUUCUUCUGCUGAUGUGGUCGAUGCACCACAGGGGAAGCAAAAGGAGACAACCGAGACGCACACAGAUGGAGGAGCGGACGCGGAGUGGUCGGGGCCGAUGCAUGAAUUUGCCGCGGAUGAUGGUGCGCAUGGGAGCGCAGCGGCGGCACCAACGACAAUGGCCACCACCACGACCGUGGCGACCUCCACCAACGCGCGCGCCGCGCCAUCAACUUCACGACUUCGUCCACAGCCCGGGGCAGUGUUGAGCGAGUUUGAGCGCGAGGACAUCAUCCGCGACACGGAUCAGCUGAUUCGGCAGCUCUCCCGCGAAACAAUCGCCCUGGCAAGGAAUGAAGGGGCACGCAGCAGUACGGACGUGGCUGCCUUGUGUCGCCGCCGUGGUCUGGACUACAUCGACCCCAUCUUCUUACCUGUCACGGAGACACUCGGCCUGGCCGCAGGUGGCUGCCGCGGCUACGACCCCGAUGAGGGCAGCUCCUACAUUGUGCAGUGGUGCACGCGGGAUGCGUUUACGCCAGAAGGCCAGCGGCCGGCGCCGUUGCUGACGAGCGCUGGAAUCGACCCGAACGCGCUGCGAUGCGGGCGCUUAGGCGACACCGGCGUUGUCGCCGCCCUCGCCGCUCUUGCCGAGGCCGCGGGCGCCGUGACGAGCGUGUUGGCCAGCACCACGGCCGCGGAGGCUGAGAACGGGCUCUACGUUGUGUGGAUGUGCGUACGGGGGUGGUGGAUGCGGGUGACGGUGGAUGCCUACCUGCCCUGCCUCUGCGAAGCGGAUCAGACCGUCACCUUGUACGGCUGCCGCAACGUGGCGACCCACGAGUUGUGGGCCCCGAUCUGUGAGAAGGCGCUGGCGAAGGUGUACGGCAGCUAUCAGGCCCUCCCUCACCUCCCUGCCGAUGUCGUGGUGGGCCACUUGACGGGUGGCCCGGUGGAGUGCUGGGAGUGGUGGCGGCGCAGCAGCGAGACCGCACUAGAGGAGAUCGAGGCGGCCAUCAACACGAGCGCACGCGGGGCCGGCAUGGUGCUGCUCACCACGCACUCCGCGGCCGUCUUGCGGGGGGACUCGUCGAAGGCAAGCCUGGCGGGUGCACGGGCGGAGUACGAGCGCCUGGGUCUGCUGCCUGGCACUUCCUAUCGUGUGCUGGCGGUGACGGAGAACGCGGAUGGCGAAGCGGUGCUGCUCCUGCGCAACUGGACGACGGCCUCCUCCUCGAGCCGGGCGGGCGGAACAGCGCGGGUGGGGAACAAGGAGAGGGACUGUCGCGAAAUGUCACCCCUGCGUGAUGAUGAGAGCACGAAGGGUCCGAUGCUGGACUACGUGUCCAACAGAAGCGGUGCUGUGGUAGUACAGAAUGACGGGAGCAGCUGUGCAAAUGAAGGGUGUGUGUGGCUGAACUACACGAGACAAGUUCUCCCGCUCUUCGACCGGUGCCACACCUGCUUUGACUGCCGCCGCUUUCAUGAUGUCCGUUUUCCCGUUCACUUUUCCGGUUCUGCGCCUGCCGUACCGGCCGAGAUGAUCCGUGUGCGGGUGCAGGACCCGCGACGUCGGCGCAGCACACGCGGCGUGACACCCUGCCCUACGCGACUGUGGAUCGGCUUGCAUCAACCUGGCAGUCACGGCGAGGACUGUGAUGCCCCAGCGGUUCCGUGGGCACUGAAGGUGACGCUGAUUGGCCAGGAAGACGCCUCCUUGCUCUACGCCGGUCGAGGGAGCCACCGAAGUGAUUAUGGAGGCAGCGGGUUUGCUGCUGCUGCUGUGGCCGCUCCGCCACCACCCCUCACCCGACCAGCGCGCCGCUCCUAUGUUCUGUCGGAGUCGUUUAUGGGCGAGCCGCAGCCGCUUCCGGCGGUGUGGAUGUACUUGGAGUUGGACGCGGACGACUUGGCACGAAGCGCGGGCACCAACAGCGAUGAAGCCGGUGACGAUGAUGAAAGAGACAAUAAUGCAACGGUAAUGGAGUUCUUUGUUGUGCCGCAGAUGGAGCUCACCGGCACCGUUGCACAGGACAGUCGGGAAAGGGUGGCUGUUCGUGGUGGCGUGGAGGUCGAUCGCAACCGCCGCGACAGUCCUUUGUCGAAAGGCUUCACACAUAGACACACGCAAGAGGAUGCAGAGGAGUUCUACGACGAAGCGAGGCCUGCGUGGUUGCGGCGUGACCUCGCCUCGUCUGUCACAAUCGACAACGAGUUCUCGUUUGGGACUCGCACCACCGCCAUUGUUGCGAUCUUAGCAGAAGACCAAGACUGUGUGACGGUCGAUGUCGUGCAGGCACCGGCGGAGCUGCGGGCUGCUCUCUACCAUGACGUGGUGGACCGCAUCGACUUCUCCGAAUGCGCGCCGAUGCCGUCUGGACGCGCAGAUCGCUGUCGCAGACCUGCAUCACCCAACAAGAGCAUCGCUGCUGUCUCUAACAAUGUGGAGGACGUGCGGUGUCAGGUGAACGGACGCUGUCUUCCGACUUUUUCGUGGUGA